AGGUCGGACUGUCGGGACCGAUGAGCGGUCAGUAGGCGUCUGAAUCUCAGUGUGCGGACUUUGAGCAGCACCAGAGAACCGGACAGCACCCGGAGAAGAAGUCCAAAGGAGACUUUUACGCACGGAUCUGUGUCGGUGAAGAGAUGGAGUGCAUUGAAAGGACUCAGACACUGUGAAAGUUUUGCAUUUCGCCUUCAAACAUGGAGACACAAAUGAAAAGACAAUUAAUUACACUAAUGUCAAACAUCAGUCUCGCCUGGGUUUGAGGUGCAGCGGAGGAUGACACCUGCACCCCUUCCUUGGCGAGGACCGACGCGUUGUUCCAGACUUUGCAUCUUUGAACAGUAGGUCAAAGCUUCUACAAGAGUGACUUUCUGCCUCUAAUUCUGCAUCCUGCUCGCUGUCAUCGCCUGUUAUCUCCUGCAUAAACAGUGCAUCCUUUAUUGCGCUUCUUCGCACCAUCGCUGACUGCGACAAAGAAAAACAAUAUUCGUCUCGUACCCUGACACCUCGUACACACAGGUAAUGUCUCUGCUGCCAGAGACGUUUAAAUUGUGUCCACCGUUCAGCUCACCUUGACAUGUCUGCACUGCUCAUCUCUUCAUGCUGUUUCUCUGUUGAGAGUUCACAUCCUCUGGAUAUUAAGAAAUAAAAGAGCAGAGGGAGCUCGGCUUCAAACGCCUCCACUCACUACAACACCAGUAAGGCUUUAUAAUCCUUGGAGCACUGACUCACCAUGGGCACAGUACUAUCACUGUCACCCGGCUCUCGCAAGUCAGGGUACUAUGACAACCGGCCGGGCUCACUCAGCCACUACCCGAGCCUCAGCAGCCGCUCUCUCAACAGCCAGAAAGACCGCGGGCUGAAGAGGGGCCAGUCCAUCUUCCUCCCGGCACUCACAUGGAAGCGACUCGUGGCCUCCACCAAGAAGAAAGGCAACUCUAAAAAAGGCUCCAGUGGUCUGGCGGCCCUCAGUGACCCACUCAAUAACAACAACAACAUCAACAUCUACCAAAAGGACCCCGUCCUGCACCUCAACUGUGAGAAUGUGAAGAAGUCACUGUCAUGUGCCAACCUGUCCAGCUAUGAGGGCCCAGCAGGACUGGGUCUGGGGCUCGGCUAUGGCCUGGGGAUGGGCCAGGGGCACGGAUACGGCUACAGCAAGUCCCAGCAGCUUUCCUCUGUGAAAAAAGUUCCCCAGGGGACAGUGACCUCGUCCCCCAAGCGUGUCAUCGUCCAGGCCUCCACCAGCGAGCUCCUCCGCUGCUUGGGGGAGUUCCUGUGUUGUCGCUGCUACCGCCUGAAGCAUCUGUCUCCGGCCGACCCGGUGCUCUGGCUGCGAGCUGUGGACCGCUCGCUGCUGCUGCAGGGCUGGCAGGACCAGGCCUUCGUUACACCGGCCAACGUGGUCUUCGUCUACAUGCUGUGCCGAGAUGUUGUGGAUGGCGAUCUGGUGGCGUCGGAGCACGAGCUACAGGCCAUCCUGCUCACCUGUCUCUACUUGUCCUACUCCUACAUGGGCAACGAGAUCUCCUAUCCACUCAAACCCUUCCUGGUUGAGGCAGGUAAAGAGGCCUUCUGGGACCGUUGCCUCGCCAUCAUCGACGCCACCAGCUCCAAGAUGCUGCGCAUCAACGCAGACCCGCACUUUUUCACACAAGUAUUUGCUGAACUCAAGAGUGAAGGUGGCUGUGGUCCUCAGGACUAUAGUCGGGUGCUGGAUCGGUGAGAGGAGGUUUGAACCCAGCUGCUUGCUGACCGCAUGCCUUUUUGUACGCUCAUGCACACAGACACACGCAUUUUGUCUCAUACUGAUUCUCCUCCACUUUGUCUGCUUUUGCUGCAGAGGCAAUGACGGCCUAUCUUGAGUUAUUUAAUCAUUCCAUCUGUGUUUGUUGCCAUUGUCCCGUCCAUCCACAGAUAGAAAGUAGGAAUUAAAACAUUUGCCCCCAAAAGUUCUCUGCUAAUUGGCUAACAGAGACACAUUUGUUUUUGUUUUUCUCCUGGAAAAUCUGCCUGAGUUUACUUGAAUGGAGAAACCAUUUGUUCCACCUGUCCCAUUUGACCUCCCACCCCAUGUGUCCCAGUCAUCCCAGCUGCCUCUCUGGAUCUGCACAGCCAGGCAUCCCAGCAUCCUCACCCACCUAUCUGAAUGUGAUCAAUCAGUGUGCACGGGUCACAGAAGAUGGCAUCAGCACUCACAAAGCACCAUAUAGGAUAUUUCACCGGUCAUGUUCUAAGCAUUAAAGUGGAUUAAAAAGACAUUUUCAUUUAUGACUGAAGAAUAAAAUGUGGCACAGACAAUAUAAUCCACCUAAGUUAUAUUUUCCUGGACAACACAAGGAGACAUCCUGAUAUCCAUCCGCUGGCUAAGCCUCAUGUAUCAGCAGUGAAAAGUGACUCAGACUGAUGGGAGCAGCUGAGAAGUCCAUGUCAGGUCCUGCUGGUCCUGCUGUGCGCUGUGUAAUCAGUAAAGCAAGACGAACAGGCAGUGUUUACGCGGAGCCUUUUGAGGGUCAUCCGGCCUGAGGGGACAGUUGCCAGUUUUUAUCUUUACUCACUCAAACCUGCCAGUAGACUCCUUUGUGUUUCUAUCUCAUCUCAUCUAAGGAGAGUUUCCUGGUGAAAGCUGAACACAUCCUGAUUUAGUGUGAGUGCGUGUGAGUGUGUAGUGUGUGCAUGACUGUGCGCGCGUGUGUGUGUUUAUGUGUGUUAAGGCAUUGUGCUGUGGACAGCAGCCAGGGUCAUCAGCUGUUUACCCCGUCCUUUGUUCCCUGCGUCUUGUUGACAGGGCACCCACAGCCAUGGUAUUAAUGAGAUUAGCAGAUUACUGCGGCCCCUCCCCUCUCUCAACCUCUGCCCCUUCUUGUCCACUCUGCAACCCUGCAGAGAUCGGCGGCUAAUCCAGACCGGGCUGGACCAGGUUGGACUGUAAACACACACACACACACAUGCAACAAUACACACGUUUAAAUUCCUUGUCGUGUGCACUUUAUUCUUCUCGGUGCAUGAAUAAAACCACUGUGUGGACACACGUGUGCAGCUCAGGGUGCAACAUAGAGGCUCUCCAGGAGGUAUCCAGGCAGGAAUGACUGUUGUCGUUACUUCUGAAUUUGUCCCACUUUCUCAUCAGUCACCUGCGCAUCCUCAUCUGCCAUCAAGAGGGACCAGGGACGGGGAGUUCUCCUGUCCCCUGUUAAAUUAUUCCCUCGAACGAACCGUGGCAUUUGUGCUUCAGUGGCUUUAAUCUCUAUUUCCCCAUGUGUUUAAAUACGUGUUCAUCAUGCAUGUCAGAGGUGGGUUACAGAUUUUCACUGCAAAAUAUACAGAUUUUUUGAAAGUGGAUCAGUUUGAACAUAUUUCUAGCAGGAUUUUAUGUCCCCAGACAUCCAAAAGUUUGUUAGCUUCCUGCUUUAAGAGGUCACGGAUCACUGCAGUUUACAAAGAAGUAGGUAAUUUUGUAACGCUGGGGGAAAGCAUAAAUUAGCCAUUUAUCCAUCAGAGUGGCUUUCAGUAUAUAAAAAAGGCAAUAGUUAAACUACAAAGGUUAUACAUUGCAAUUAUAUAUUUAUAUGUUUUUGUAUUAUAGAGUAUUUUUCUGUUUUGAAUCAAAACCGAUUACGUUUUUUGUGGGUGAGUUGGGGAUAAAAAAACAACAAUAAUGAGCCCUACCUGUGGUAAAGAACAGUGGUUUCCAACCUUUUUGACAUGUGACCCCUUAAAAAACAAACAAUAUCUACCUUCGACCCCUCAUUGUUGGUUUCAUAUGUCUAGUAGUUGAGACCAGUUCGACCAAAGAGUGGUUUCUUCCUUGUUUAUCUGAAUUCCUCAUAAAGAAGUAAAAUUUUCCAGUGAUUUACAAGACAAAUAUGAAAGAAAUCAGCAUAACUUUGUGAUGCAAAAAUAUUUUCCGCUUUUUCUGCUUUCCUCCUCUGUUAAUCAUCUCAAAUUUAUCUUGCAACCUCCUGUGUCAGGUUGGGACACACGGGUAUAGCAUACUGUUGGUUCAGGAAGCUGCUUCAAAUUUAAACACAUUUCCACCAUGAUGCAGAACCCACAACAGCAUGUGGCAAAUCCUUAAUCUUAUUGUGGUCAGGCAUCUGGAGGUUUCUGUGAGGUUUCUGUGCGCCACCUCCCUCCUCCAUGUGCUCUUGCACACUUUGCUGCGCCGCUAUAUACUCACCCACAAAGUCAUAUGAUAAACGACAUGACCUUUACACACAUGUGGGUACACAUACAAACAAACACACUCUCUGGUACGCAUACCCUCCUUGGGUAAUCCAGUCCUAAUCCUCCCACCCAAUCAAAUAGAGAGAGGGGGUGAGGGAUGAAAACAUGGGGAAAUAAGUAAACGGUUCAGAAUCCGAUGAGAUUUGGUGUCACACUUCCCGUACAGUUUUGGCCCUUGGCUCAGCCUUCAAAUCCUGCUCUAACAAACCGGAGGCUUCGGAGACCCACAGCUCAGUUCUGCUGCCUAUUCCAGCUCACCCAGGCUUAUUGGAGUCAAGCCUGCCUUCCUGCCCGCCUGGGGGAUCUCGCAUGAGCUCACACCAGUCAACCAGAGAGGAGCGGCAGCAGUGAUUCACGCUCAGAGAGUAGAGCUGUCUCUUUUUCUGGAGCUUUAACUGGCAGCCAUUUUGGUGCUCGUUGUUGCGGUCACUGCUGCUCUCUCUCUCUGGCCUGGACUCGGCUUUGACAAGGACACUUGUGUCUUGACUCAACCCUCUCCCUCCUCCUCCCCCUCCAACCCCAUUUCCACACACACUCAGCUGUUGUUCCCUGCCUGUUUCAUUAGAUUUGACACCCCACACCCGCCAGCCAUUGUCAGGACGAGGAAGGGCAGAAUGGAACUGUUUGUUGGCAUUGGGUUCGUUGUGCUUGUGUGUGUUUGUCUUGGAGUGAAUGUGGGUCAAAGUUAAGGGCAACAUCUGCUUCCACCACUCAUCUCCUGUAGACCUGGAUGUUAAUUAAAUCAGAAGAUACAGUGCAGCAUGUUAGAGUGAUGAUGCUGAUAUUUACGUGCGGCCUGACAUUAGUGACAAACAAGGAAUAAUCUGCUGCAGGUUUCUUUUAGCCGCACGUUGAUAAAAACAACUCUUGCUAACAUUUGGUUCUUUCUUCAAGCUCAUCAAUGGCUCAGACGCAGAGGAACCAUGUUCAUUUAAAUCUAAUUGAGCAUUAACGCAAUUUGUGACGCAAUUUGGUCCUGAUCAAAAAGGCAACUGUCCCCUCUUUCAGUACCUCUGUCCAAUCAGUCGCCAAGCUGGAUCACAUAACUGCUCCUCCAAUCGUUUCACAGAGCAGAGCGGCUUCCAAGUCAAUUAACUCACAUCUUAACUGGAGCUCUAAUUGUCUUCAACCAAUCAAACCCCUCGGCAUGACUCCUGAACUCGACACAUGAUGCCUGUGACAUCUCUGUGGAUAAUUUAUGACUCUUGUUACAUAGAUUGGUUUUAAAUAUUUAAAACAGGAUUAAAAAACGUGACAUUGCAGUGCAAACUGGACCUUUUUCUGUGGAUGGGACUUUGGCAACUCUGCUUUACAGAAUAUUUCAGAAGGGCCUUUGACCGGCUCUGUUUUGGACACAUUUGUUUGUGUGAACAAUGUGAUAAAAGAUUUAAAGAAUAAGUCUGGUGUUACUUGAUGUUUUUCUUACUGUCGUCAAAUCCCACGAAAAGACCAAAACUAACAAUGUGUUAGUCAGACUCUAAAUACUGCUUAAGAUGUAAAUCCUUAAAAACUGGUCACAAAUAUAAAGUUUAAUUUUU